AUGGCUUCUAUGGCAGAUGUUCUGCCGCUUAUUGAAUUCUUCGAGUUGUUGUACUGGACCUUCGACGGUAAAUGCCUCGUGUCCAUCCUUUCCCUCUCUUGGACAAGCAUGCGCACUCAGGCCAGCUCUUCCACCCGACCUACUGACCCCAACUUAUCUUCCUCUCUACCCCUCCAGUUUGUCGUCUUUCUUUCACUGACUCCACCAUUUUCAUCUCUGAGCAGCGUUCAUGUCUACUACCUCUGUGUAUUUGUCCCCAACCACCCCCACCCCCUCAGUCCCUAA